AUGUCAGCUGGCAGUCUGGUAAUCCAGAAGUAUAGGAACACGGCCUCUGACCUCGUCGUGCGGUUCUGUCUUAUCUCGUGUUCCAGCCAAACAAUGGCUGCAGUAGGCAUGUUACUACUGGCGACGCUCAGUCUCUACGCCUUGUCUGCUGUCUGUGAAACGACGUCUGUGUCUGUUGAAAUCCACACCGAUUCGGUCCUUCAUACAAUAGACGACAGGUCGCCACAGUUAAAGACCCUUGCCCGAGCAUUUUCUCCCUGCAUACUCCGCAUUGGGGGCACGGAUGCAGAUGGCGUAACGUUCACCCCAAGUCUGCAGGCACCAAAUGUAUCUAACAGUGUACUCACAGGUCAUGUUUGGGACGAAAUAAACAAUUUCACCAAAGAUGUAGGCUGGGAUCUCAUCUUUGGUCUUAGUGUGCUGCAGCGGAAAGAUGGCCACUGGGAUCCGAGCAAUGCAGACCAACUUCUCGACUACACCAGCCAGAAAGGACAUGACAUCUACGGCUUUGAACUGGGCAAUGAACCUAUCAACCUUCCUGAUCAUUACAAUACAAGCAUUUCUGGCGCCCAACUGGGAAGAGACUUCCUCACCUUUCACGACAAUCUACGAAAGCGUCCCUACUUUAAGGAUACGUUGAUACUCGGACCUGACAUAUUCCACAUUGAAAAAGGGAUUUCAUUCAUGAGGGACUUCCUGACAUCUGGAGGGGCCCUAUCCGUUGAUGCCAUUACAUUCCAUCACUGCUUUGGUAAUGGCAAGGAAGGCAGACUUGCUGACUUCACAGACCCUGUGUUUAUGGAUAGGCUGAAGGUGGCCCUAGACACUGUAUGUAACGCUACAUCAGACGCGCCUGCUGGGACGCCACUUUGGCUUGGAGAGACCGGGUCCUUCUUUGAUCAUGGUGUGAUGAAUAUGACUAAUACAUAUGUGGAUGGAUUUCUAUGGUUGGACAAACUGGGUCUCUCAGCCCAGUCAGGCAUCACGAAAGUUAUCCGUCAAGAUUUCUCUGGUCCUGGUUGGGCGAACCUUACAUCAACUAUCCGGAGACGGUAA